AUGAAGGUGGCAGUUCUGUGUUUAUGCCUUAUCAGCAUCACUGCUGCAUGGCCAGUGAGUAAAUCCAAGCAGCAUGCCAUUUCUGCCAGCUCUGAAGAAAAAUAUCACCCCAGGGGCCAUCACUCACACAGGUAUCAACACCACCACCACCAUGUGAAUUCUCAGUCCUGGGAGAGUCUGAAGCACCCACAGAAUGACCUGGCAUCGCCUCAGCAGACUCUCUACUCUUCAGAAGAAAGCAUGGAUGUUCCAGUACAACCGCACUUCCCUGAUGUGUCAAGCAAGAGCCAUGAAGAUGUGGAUGAUGAUGAUGACGAUAAUGAUUCCAAUGACACAGAUGAAUCCGAUGAGGUUGUCACGAAUUUUCCCACAGACAUUCCAGUAACUGUACCCUUCCCUCCUUUCCCUUUCACCCGGGGAGACAACAUCGGCAGAGGCGACAGCGUAGCCUACAGGGUGAGGGCAAAAGCUGCAGUGGUGAAGCCUAGCAAACUCCGCAAAGCUGCAAAAAAGCUCAUUGUGUAUGAUGCCACCGAGGAUGAUGACAGUGCCCUGGAUGCAGACAGCCAGCAGGCAGGGCUCUCCUGGGACGAUCCUGCUGCCCGCCGCUCCCUGGGGAAACACGCCAUCAGUGGGGAAUGGGCUGACAAGAGCCACGGGCAGGACAGCAGCGAGCUGGACAGCAAGCAGCAUGACCAGAGCAUGGAAAACGACAGCCGGCAAAAAUUUGAUAGCCAUGAGGCGGAAAGAGAUGACAGCAAGGCUGGUGUCAGAGGGGACAGCCACCAGAGCAUGGAAAGCAGAGAGAGCCAGGUCCGCGUUUCAGCUGAGAUCCCUGACGAUAACAGCAACCAAACAUUGGAGAGUGCCGAGGAUGCUCAAGAUCAUCACAGCAUUGAAAAUAACGAAGUCACCCUUUAA